AUGACUCUAACAACCCGUGUAAUAGCCAGCGUUCUUGACCAAAAUUAUUUAAUACAAUAUGCAAAUCUUGUAUUAAAAGUAAGUGAAACACUGGUAGCAACACUGGUGACGACAAGUAACAACUCCAGCAACAUCAGCUUGUCUCUCCCAAAUUUGGACGUUGAAAUAUUGAUGGCUGGAUCGAAUCCCCUCAUCACUGAAAUUCCUCAAUUUGGUACUGGAAAUGCUUUUAUGGAUAUUGAUCUUGUCCAUAUUUCAAAGAACAACAACACUGCUGUGGCUUUCCUGAGUUACACCAACUUGGGAAACCUCCUGAAACCCACUUUUCAGACAAGUACAAACACAAAUAAUACCAUGAUGUCUACCGUGGUGUCUGUGUCACUUCUCAAAACCACCAACACAAAUCUCACCAACGCUGUCAACAUCACCUUCAAACAUAUCAGUAAGUUAGACCCUGAAGGCAUCCUCUCCUGUGUGAAUUGGGAUGAAGACACAGCUACUCUCCAGGAAAACAUUUGUAACAUCAUACAGACUAACAAUACUCACACAGUGUGCUCUUGUGAUCAGCUGUCUACUUUUGCUCUCAUCAUGCGGACCGACCAAUGCAGGGUAAGAUAA